AUGGAUAAAUUCGAAAUCAGUGCUUGUGUGAAAUGGAUUGGAGAAAAGAAUUUCCACACGGUUGCUUUACAAAUGCCCGAUGAUGAUCUUGAUAAAGUUCACGAUUUAAUUGAGAAAUUGAAGUCUGAGAUUCAAAUUGAAAAUCUUGAGUUUUUUCUUGUUGGUGAAGGAUGCUCACCAUGUUGUAACGAUCUAUUAAAUGCUCAAUAUUGUCAAGCACAAGGUUUAAUCCAUUUCGGACAUUCAUGUCUUUCAACAACAUCGAGUGAUCAACAGCAAACAAUACCAGUGUUCUAUGUUUUCUAUCAACAAUCGUUGCCCAUAGACGCGUCUACUUUUCUUUCAACAAACAGUGCUGAUGAUAAACCUUAUUGUCUGGUAUUUUACGACCCAUGUUUCCAAACUAGCGUCGAACAGUAUUCGUCAUCACGUUACAUUAUUUCAAAAAUAAAUACGGAAAGUACAACUGAUCCAUCCUGCUUCUCACUAUAUGGUCGUUCAGUACAGCUUCCUGUUGCACUUGAUCCAACGAACUAUUCCAUCGUUUUCAUUUCUCAUUCGAAAGCAUCAUUGCAUAACUUUGCUCUGUACUUCUAUGCUUAUAGCUUCCAUUCAUUUCCAUCGAGUUCAAUUUCAAGUAGUAAACUAUUAAGCAAACGUAUGUAUGCUGUCGAAUGCGCUCGUAAUGGUUCAUCUUACGGUUUAUUAAUCUCGUCGAAUUCUUUACUUAAUCUACCUUCGACUAUUCAUACACUACUUGAUCGAAUCAAAAUAAUUUUCGACAAAAACGAUCGUCAAUAUUAUACAUUUCUCAUGAAUACACUUUCGAUAACGAAGAUGAAUAAUUUCGAACGAAAUAUCGAUACUUAUGUUCUUUGUUCAUCAUGUGCGGAAAGUCUGUGGUUGUCACCGGAACAUAAACAGUUCAAUAUUCCACUGAUUAGUUUAGCAGACAUUGUACACGCAUUUGAAACAUCAGAUGAAGAUCUACCGAUGAACUAUUCGUUUGACUUAAGACAGAUCUUAUCAAUGAUCAAACCGAUCAGCGACGAUACCACGAAGAACGAAGACGAUGUCAGCAAAGCAAUAGUUUUGAAAAAUCCCAAUUCACUCUUGCUGCAACAACGUGAUGGAAUUACGAGGGGACUGGAUAAUAAUAAAAAAUGGUGGGGUUUACAGAUGAACAGUGAGAGUAAUGAAAUUCAAGAGAAACUACCUGUAGCUGAACUGAAAGAAGGAAGAACUGGGAUUGCUGCUGGUUAUGAAAACGAAAAGCUUUAA